AAAAAAGUUGAUUGGCCAAAUAUAUUAUUAUAAGGAGAGGGUUGUCGUUUAAAGAAAAAUUAGGGGGUUUGAGGAAAAUUGACUAAGGUGUUUUUAUGUGUUUGUCAAAAUUCUAUUUAGAGCCAAAAAAAUGUUUAUGUAUUUAUUAACAGUGAAAUUAGCUUUAACAUUGAACAUGUGAAUUCUACGCAGAUGCUUUAUAAUGGACUCCUUUCAUUCUGAAUUUACUAAGCAACUAUGGGGGAAUAGGUUAACAAUGAUUAUGUUUUUUCCUGAUGCCAUCAGAGUAUGGCAUAGAAAUACCUUUGUUUUCAGAAAUAUUUUCCUUUCGUACAAUGUUAUAGCUUACUACUACAGGAAUUGUAAGAUAUUUUAUGCAAUAUGUACUUCAAAGGUAUUAGAGAUUUGAAAUUACUCCAGAAAAAGCUUUCACGUUCAAGCACAUUCAAACGAUUUUGUUUACAACAGUGGCUUUUCUUGUAGCAGGAUUACUACUUCAUUUUUAAUAAUUCGAAAAUUGCUAUAUGAUUCUCUGCUGUUUUUCUGUUUUUUGUGUCUAAAAAAAUACGAAAAAUCAGGAAGUUUGGUUUAGAAAUUUGCAGCUAACUCUGAUUAUGUAAUCUAGCAACAUUCCUUUUUAAAUCGUAUUGAAAUUCAUUUCAUAGGUCUAUUAAAAAAAACACCAACAACUAACAAAGUAUAUAUUAUGAAAGCUGGUUGGCGUUGGUGUGCACUUACCUUGGUUAUAGUUUUUGUGAUAACCAUGCUGUAUUUCAUGAUUCACAAUCAACUUUCAUACUAUCAUAUACAUAACAGAAUCAAGAAAAAAAAUUUAGAUUUGAAGAGCGGAAAAACGUUUAAUGUAGAAAGUUAUUUAAAUGAAGAUUGUUUAAGAGAUAAAAAGAAUGCAUACAAGCAUCAUAAGUUUAAUCAAUGGAAAAGUGACCAAAUUCCAUGGUAUAGAACGAUACCUGACACAAGACACAAACAGUGUGUAUCACUAAGCUAUCCAAAAGCUCUUCCACUAACAAGUGUUAUAAUUACUUUUCAUAAUGAAGCUAGAUCGACUCUACUACGAACCAUAAAGAGUAUUCUUACAAGAAGUCCUUCGUAUCUGUUGAAAGAAAUAAUUCUGGUGGAUGAUUUCAGUGCUAACACUGAUGAUGGCUUGUACCUUUCAAAAUUACCAAAAGUGGUAUUGAAAAGAAAUGCAAAAAGAGAAGGUUUAAUAAGAUCAAGAAUAUCUGGUGCCAAAUUAGCUUCCGGUGAAGUGUUGACAUUCUUAGAUAGUCACUGUGAAGUUAACACAAAGUGGCUGGAACCUUUACUUACUAGAAUUAUUCAGAAACCAAAAUCCAUCGUGUGUCCGGUGAUUGACAUUAUUAGUAUGGACAACUUUGCUUACUUGUCUUCCAGUGCAGAAUUAAAAGGAGGAUUUGAUUGGAAUAUGCGUUUCAAAUGGGACGUGCUUUCUAAGGUUGAUACGAAACACCAUCGAGAUAAUCCAACUGAUCCUAUAAAAACGCCCAUGAUCGCUGGUGGAAUAUUUAGUAUUCGAAGAGACUGGUUUUUUAAACUUCGGACGUACGAUCCUAAUAUGGAAAUAUGGGGUGGAGAAAACUUCGAAAUUUCAUUUAAAACGUGGAUGUGUGGGGGAACUAUGGAAAUUCUACCAUGCUCGAGAGUUGGACAUGUAUUUCGAAAAGUGCAUCCGUAUACAUUCCCUGAUGGAAACAGUCUCACAUAUGUGAAGAAUAUUCAAAGAAUAGCAGAAGUAUGGAUGGAUAGCUACAAAGAGUUCGUCUAUAAAGCUCGUGGUGGGACUACUAUUGUAUCUAAAGCGAGUUUGGAAAAAAGAAAACAGUUAAGAAGGAAUUUAAAAUGUCAAUCGUUUAAAUGGUAUUUGGAAACUGUGUAUCCCCAGUUAAGAGUACCAUCAAACGAACUAGCAGCUUAUGGUGAAUUAAAACAAAUGGAUAAUAAGCAGCCAUUAUGUUUUACUGACAACACUUCAGCUAUUGUGACGACAGAACAUUGUCAUAGGUGGAACAGAGGUCAGGAAUGGGAGAUGACAAAAUCAGGACUGAUCCGCAGUUACACUGGUUUGUGUGUACAGGCUACCGAAAAGGAUAAAGUGUUACGAUUAGUGAAAUGCGACAAAAAAGAUUUAAGUCAGCGUUGGGUACUGAUGAUUCGAGAUCGUAUUCGUCAUAAAAACACUAGUCAGUGUGUUGAGUCGCACCAUGCUGGACUUCAUAUCAAUACUUGCAAACAACACGCUGUCAACCAGAAGUGGAGAUUUUCCGUUCGUUUCUUUUAUUAGUGUGGCCAUGCACAUGGUAUGAUUUUAAAAUUAGCUUGUAGUAGUUGAAUAUGUUCUCAGUAUCAAUAACUUUUUACGUAUCUUUAUAAUUUCAGGUUCUAUGACUAUAUUUAGGUGCCUUCUUCUAUUUGCGGAUUAAUAGAGUAACGGUUGUGUCAUGUCAUGACUUUCUUUAUUUUGAUAGUUUUAUACAUUUUUGGGCUUUUAGUAACUCUUUAGGGUUCCAUUUUUUACUAUUUAUAUAUGAUCCUUUAUGUUUUCAUACAUUCAGAUUUGUAAGUAAAAUACAUUUUUAUGAGUUCCAUCUCACAGUGGACACAUUUUUCUUUUCAAAUACAGAAUAUAUUUAUUACAAUGGCUAUAAAUAUUUAUGUAUGUAAAUCAAAUUUA